CAACUUUCCACUGCUUUUUGAUUUUGUUGGUAAUGUUUUAAUGUUUCAAUCACGCUUGCGGUUGUUAGGAUCAUCAGAAAUAUACAAAAAUAUCGCUUUUAUAGUUAACUUUUUUAAAAGCCUACUGAAAUGAGAUUUUCUUAUUUAAACGGGGAUAGCAGGUCCAUUCUCUGUGUCAUACUUGAUCAUUUCGUGAUAUUGCCAUAUUUUUUCUGAAAGGAUUUAGUAGAGAACAUUGAUGAUAAAGUUCGCAACUUUUGGUCGCUAAUAAAAAAGCCUUGCCUGUACCGGAAGUAACAGACGAUGUGCGCGUGACGUCACGGGUUGUGGAGCUCCUCACAUCUGAACAUUGUUUACAAUCAUGGCCACCAGCAGUGAGAGCGAUUCGGACCGAGAAAGCGACAAUUUCCCCAUUAAUUUGAGCGAGGAUGAAAGAUUCGUGGAUGAGGAAAGUGAGAGUAAAGCACUAGAAAAAAAAAAACUAAACGGCAGAGCGAUUCAAAUGUUAUUAGACAAAUUUACUAGGAUAAUUCUCGAAAAUCCCUUAUCUGCUUAUUGUGUUACUAGUGUUUUAGUGAGAUUACAUGGUCGUACCUGUACUACCUGAAGGUCCGAGGGGUAUGGCCGCGCAUUUGGUGACCGCCAGUGUCUCCGAGGGAAGCCACAUUUCUCGACGAGGCAACGGCAGCCGGUGGGGCCGGGCUGAGAUUUUUUGUUUCUUCCCUCCUCCACAGUGGAAGCAUCCGACGGUCGGGGGCGGCCGGUGGGAGGCGGCAAGAGAGUCCGCAGCUGCCUCUUUGACAGGUGCAGGAAGAACGACGCAAGCUCUCCGCUCAUGUGUACGAGCAGCAUCUCCUCAUCCGAAAACAACAACAAGGCCGGAAAAAACGUGAAAAACUGUCCAACCGGAACUCUCUAAUAACUAAAGUUCCUUGGAAAUGGCAACAGCGGAGGAUGAAUGUCCCAUAACAAGAAGCUUAUCGACAACGGUGGAGGCACGGACUACUAAGGCGGACGCACACAAUUUGGACUUAUUCAGAUCCCAAAUACAGAUCAGCAGGUACCAGAAGGUACUGAAGUGGUCAUCAACCUUCAGUGUUUCUUCCAGAGAAAGGGUGUGGCCCUGCAGGGCAGAGAAGCGGAAGGCAUCCAUUGAUCAUCUUUGGACGCGGCCACAAGAUCAAAGACUAACAGUGCGCGGCGGCAGCAGCAGCAGCAGCAGCGGGCCUGCUGAUGCAAAUGUCGGCGGUCACAUCGGUGGUGGUCGGGCUCGGUUCGGACAUGGCGUUCGAUGCAAGUUUAAGGGCUGCAAAGUAGCUGCACAAAGAGCUGGAGUACUUUUUUUUUCGUGUUCGUGUACGCCUUCGGCUGCCAUGCUGGUGUUUUUUUGGAUCUCCUUCAUCGGAUUUAAGUUGAAGCGAGGAUGAAGCGUAGUAGCCAUAAUGUCAUCUUGUCUUUCUGCUUGAGAGCCAGCAAAGAGCACAGAGGAAAGCGCCAGUAAAGAGACGGGAGGUGGCUUUUAAAAGCCGGGCGGUGCCAUGGGCUGCGUGACGAGCAAAGACGACAAGGGCCCCGUCAUUAAGUCCGGGCCAGAGACUCCUUCACAGUUUGACCCCAACGCCGCCACGCACCUAAUGGGCCACUAUGGGCCCGACCCCACUCAGCUGCACCCCAAUCUGCCCCCCACCUUAUCCUCCUCUUGCGCCGACGCCGCCAAUGUCAACCUCGCCCUGGCGCCGUUUGGCGGAUCCUCAAAUGCUAUGAGCCCCUUUGGAGGCGUGUCAUGCUCCUUCACCGGCCCCAUGUCCAACUCCUUCUCUGGUUCUCUCCCAGGUGGUGUGACUUUCUUUGUGGCGCUGUACGACUACGAGGCCAGGACAUCAGAUGACCUUUCAUUCAAAAAAGGAGAACGCUUCCAAAUCAUCAACAAUACAGAAGGAGACUGGUGGGAAGCGCGCUCCAUCAACAGCGGGCAUAAGGGCUACAUCCCCAGCAACUACGUAGCCCCUGCAGACUCCAUACAAGCUGAGGAGUGGUACUUUGGCAAAAUGGGUCGUAAAGACGGGGAGAGGCUGCUGCUGAAUCCAGGUAACCAUCGGGGGACUUUCCUGGUGCGCGAAAGUGAAACCACUCAAGGUGCGUUUUCUCUCUCUAUUCGAGACUGGGACGAAACCAAGGGCGACAACGUGAAACACUACAAGAUCCGCAAGCUGGACAGCGGCGGUUACUACAUCACCACGCGGGUGCAGUUUGAAACAUUACAGCAGCUGGUUGAACACUACACAGAGCACGCAGACGGCCUCUGCCACAGGCUCACCACACUUUGUCCAACCGUCAAGCCUCAGACGCAGGGCCUCGCCAAAGACGCCUGGGAGAUACCUCGCCACUCCCUCAGGCUGGAGCUCAAGCUGGGCCAGGGCUGCUUCGGAGAGGUCUGGAUGGGCACGUGGAACGGCACCACCAAAGUGGCCAUAAAGACUCUGAAGCCAGGGACCAUGUCGCCAGAGGCCUUCCUGCAGGAAGCUCAGAUCAUGAAGAAGCUUCGUCAUGACAAACUGGUGCCUCUGUACGCUGUGGUCUCAGCGGAGCCCAUCUAUAUUGUCACGGAGUACAUGGCCAAAGGUAGCUUGCUUGAUUUCCUCAAAGAGGGUGACGGAAAGUUCCUGAAGCUUCCUCUUCUGGUGGACAUGGCCGCACAAGUUGCUGAUGGCAUGGCUUUUAUUGAGAGGAUGAACUACAUCCACCGCGAUCUGCGCGCCGCCAACAUCCUAGUGGGCGACAACUUGGUGUGCAAAAUUGCAGACUUUGGCCUGGCCAGGUUGAUAGAGGACAACGAGUACACAGCGAGGCAAGGAGCCAAAUUCCCCAUCAAGUGGACCGCGCCAGAAGCGGCGUUGUACGGACGCUUCACCAUCAAGUCGGACGUGUGGUCCUUCGGCGUCUUAACCAUCGAGCUUGUCACCAAAGGCAGAGUGCCCUACCCGGGUAUGGUCAACCGGGAGGUGCUGGAGCAGGUGGAGCGGGGGUACCGGAUGCCAUGUCCUCAAGGUUGCCCCGAGUCUCUGCACGAGAUGAUGAAGCUGUGCUGGAAGAAAGAGCCGGACGAGAGGCCCACCUUCGAGUACAUCCAGUCCUUCCUGGAGGACUACUUCACAGCCACGGAGCCCCAGUACCAGCCUGGAGAGAACCUAUAGCUACCCUACCCAAAGGUUUAAAUGUUCAUGUCGUAAUACAUACAAGAAGCCAUUUAUAGUUAAAACCUUUGGUUAUUGAAAUAAGAUAAGCUAAAGAAGUCAUAUCAUGCUACUACCUAUGUUCCCAUUAAGGCCUUUUAAUGCACUCAUCUGCAUAGCAAUACAAGUUUUUCAGCACAUGCUGUCCUGUUAGGGCUGCUCGGGACCCAUAUUAGUCAGGCUUUGUUUAUGAUGGGGAAAACUGUUUUUAAUAAGCUAAUCAACUUGGACAUGGGUGCUAACUGUGCAAACUCACAAUAACAGGAAUUUCUACAAUAAAGAGUUGAAUUUAGUCGUGCUCUACAGUGACA